AUGAAGAUGGUGUUUGUCAAAUCCAAAGCUCUUUUAUUGCUCACGAUAAUUAUUCAGUUUAUUGCUACUGUGCUAUUAAGCUUUCUCCUAUUGGGAUGCAUAGAUAUCUCAUCAAACUACUCAAACGUUUAUCUUUUAAACUAUUCAUUCAACACAAGCUCACCAGCAAUCCAACAACUAGCACUCCCCACUCAAAACGCAAAUUCAAAUUCAUCCACCACCAACUUGAGUCCAAUAUUUUACAACUCCAACGCCACAUUAUCUGAUGUGCAAGUGCGUGUGGGAUACCUUGCCUCAUGUCUAAUUAUUGGAGAUGACAAGUCAUGUAGUUACUAUACCAGCAUGCCGCAACUCCCACAACUAUCACUUGACUUGACAAACAAUGUGGUGUUCAAUCUCCUCGACAUCGCCAAAUCAUUUAGUGACUUAUGCCAUCCACACAUGCUAAUGACUACUGUGAUACUCACUUUAAUCACUCUUGUUACAUUAUGCUAUUUGAUCCUACCUUUGCCAUUCCAUGCCGUAGUUGAGAAAUUUGGUUUGGGUGUUGGUUUUAUCAACAUGUUCCUUUGUGGUUUAGGGGCAAUGUUACAACACCAAGUUGUGGAGACUACAGAAAAGUUAUUGAAGGAAAUGAGUUUUGGAGUCUUGAAAGGCAAGAGUGGUACUAGAGCAGAAAAUAUGACUUGGGUGGCUUUUUCUUUUUGCACUUGUGUUUUCCUCAGUUUGGUGGGGAUGAACUGGACGAGAAUGAAGCUGGAAAAGAAAUCUAAAAGAGGAGGAAACGAAGAAAAAGAUGAUGGUGAAUUGAAUAGUGAAAAAAGAAACAACGAUCCCUAUGCUCCUGCUCAAUAUGUAAUUAACCCGUUUGCAGAUCGGAAAAACAAUUUUUAUUACAACCAACGAGUUUGA